AUGACCCGGGGGACAGCUGCCGAGUCUGGCUCCUACUUGGGGGACCACGGGUGUGUCUUCUCAGCGGCCCGUUUCCUGUGCCCCCGGCCAUCUGCACGACGUUUUAGAUCCUCCAGCCGUUGUGCAGAAAACUGCCUUCCGUUUUCCUGGCGGUGUCAAUGUCACGGCCCUGCGUGGGACCAAGGUGCGCGGCCCGGCCCGGCCCCGUCACCUGGUCGAGCCUCCGGGAACAGCUUCUUUCAGACCAGCAAAUCAUGGCGGAAAAUAAAAAACAUGGUGCACUGGUCUCCCUUCGUCAUGUCCUUCAAGAAGAAAUACCCCUGGAUCCAGCUGGCAGGACACGCAGGGAGUUUCAAGGCGGCUGCCAACGGCAGGAUCCUGAAGAAGCACUGUGAGUCGGAGCAGCGCUGCCUCGACCGGCUGAUGGCCGACGUGCUGAAGCCCUUUGUCCCCGCCUACCACGGCGACGUGGUGAAAGACGGCGAGCGCUACAACCAGAUGGACGACCUACUGGCCGCCUUCGACUCGCCCUGCGUGAUGGACUGCAAGAUGGGCGUCAGGACCUACCUGGAGGAGGAGCUCACCAAGGCCCGGAAGAAGCCCAGCCUCCGGAAGGACAUGUACCAGAAGAUGAUCGAGGUGGACCCCGAGGCCCCGACCGAGGAGGAGAAAGCCCAGCGGGCUGUGACCAAGCCUCGGUACAUGCAGUGGAGGGAGACCAUCAGUUCCACCGCCACCCUCGGCUUCAGGAUCGAGGGCAUCAAGAAAGAAGACGGCUCCGUGAACCGAGACUUCAAGAAGACCAAAACGAGGGAGCAGGUCACCGAGGCCUUCAGAGAGUUCACUAAAGGAAACCGCAACAUCCUGAUCGCCUACCGGGACCGGCUGAAGGACAUUCGGGCCACCCUGGAAGUUUCUCCCUUCUUCAAAUGCCACGAGGUCAUCGGCAGCUCUCUUCUCUUCAUCCACGACCAGAAGGAGCAGGCCAAGGUGUGGAUGAUCGACUUUGGGAAAACCACGCCCCUGCCCGAGGGCCAGACCCUGCAGCACAACGUCCCCUGGCAGGAGGGGAACCGGGAGGACGGCUACCUCUCGGGCCUGAACAACCUCAUCGACAUCCUGACGGAGAUGUGCCAGGCCACCCCGCUGGCCUGAGGGCCGGCCCGCCUCGCCCCCCCACCUCCUCCCUGCCGCCCCCUUCCUUUCUCCUUCUGAAUUUCCCCUUGGUGCCGCCCCAGAGCCGACCCUCCCGAACUGCACUAUGAGACACUUUGUAAGAGACCAGGUGAAGAUCGGAGAGGAGAGAGGAGAGGAGAGGAGAGGAGAGGAGAGGAGAGGAGAGGAGAGCUUGCCGGGCUCCCACUUCUCUUUAUAAACAGGAUCUGCUGGCAGAAGAGGAGUGGGGGCGGGGGGAGCCAGGCUCAGGUGGCAGGGAGGUCCCCAACGCAGGAGCCGGCCCCAGCCUUCCAGUGGGGGCCUGCUGCCCCUGGUGGCCGCCACCGAGCUCAGCCUGUCUUGGCCCCAUCCUUCCGGCCUGGAGCAUCUCCGGGUUGGGGCACAAAGCCACUGGCAAGUGCACGUUGGCCACGAGUAAAGCAUUCUCCGCCUAGCGGCCCAGGGGCUCCCACAGACGUGUGGUGGCCUGCGAAAGCAGGGACCCCACCCAGCUGGCAGUGAGACCCUCCAGCUGGGGGCCGGACCCAGGAGCCAGGAGAAUGCUGGAGUCCACUGGCUGUGCUCUCUGACCUCGACCUUCCCGGGAGGGGGCAGGCGGGAGCCCCCCUCUUCCAUCUGAUUAUCACCCAGGAAUUCAGAGGGACGCUCUGCAAACCUGACCUUGGGGGAGGCCCCGCCCCCACCCCCACCCCCAGAACCACCUGUGCCUCCGGCUGCCAACCUUGUUGGGACGGCACUGGGUGGGGCGGCCCGGGGCACAGCCGGAGGCAGAUCGGUUGUCUCACGUCCCUUCACCCCCACCCCCCACAUCCCUGGGCUUGUUUCACGAGGUCAAGUCCCCAGCACGUUCGGGGGGGCAGCGCUGGGCAGGGAUGAAGCAGAUUUCUGGCCUUCCUGGCCUCAUUUUUCUCCCCUGAAGUAACUCUUCCAGCCCGAAGGGCUUGGACCCACAUUCCCCGGAUGCGGUGUGGGCAGCUCCCAGGGCGGGUGGUGGGUGCCGGGUGUGAGGAGGGGUGCUCCCGGCAGGGGGAAGAGUCCUGGGGCCUCUAAGUUGCUCGAAGAUGACUGGGGAACCAAGUAGGGCCGUGUUUCUCAUUUUAAAGCAAGGCAAGUCUGUAUUAUGGGGAAGAAUGUGAAACCAGCAUGACUUUUUAAGAACAAACCUCUCAGCUCCGUGGCCCUUUGGGGCUGUUAGAGGCGCACGGGUGCCCAGAGCCGAGCUCUGACGGGGUAGCGAUCUGCAGACAGCCGGGUCGGGGACAUGGUGGAGGUCCGUGUACCCCGGAGCGUGAGCCCAGAGGGGCCGAUCCAAGAGCAGGGGUUUCCGGGGCUUCCCCCCUCCGCCUUCCCCCCCUCCGCCCCGGGGACUCUGGGAGAGACCUCCGACCCCAGCACGUGACCCCAUCAUUUCCCCUUUCGUGGCUGGGUGAGUGACAGUCGGUGGGGGCGGAGGGUGGGACGCAUGAGGCUAUCUGAGUACAGAUUUUAGAAAAGGAAAUCAGUCUGAAACUUCCUGGCUCUGGUUCAAAACAGUGGGAGCUCGUGUGGGGGGCUCUCGCCAAAGGUCACCACCCGUCCCGGCCGAGCGCUGAGACCUCGUGACAAGCAUGUGACCCCGUAAAGGGCGGGAGCACCAAAAGCCAGCGCUGGGUGGCUCAGGAGGGACCCGGUGGCAUCAGCAGUCCGCGGGGAGGGGACGUUGCUCAGUUGGACGUCCCGAUUCCACCGCCGGGGGUGGACCACAGGUCACCUCACUCCAUCGAUGAGGAAAUUUGCUAAAGCAAAUGAACGCUCUGAACAAAAAAGUGCAGGGGACCAGCUUGCUCUCCUAAGAGAACACAUUUUCCAAGCACUUUAAACAGGCACCCGUUGUCUGCAGACAGCGUGCUAGAAAAAGGCAAAGCGACGUGUUUAUUAGAGGAGGGUCCGUGGGGCCUCUUCCUGGCGACCGGUUGCUUGGGGUGACAUUCUGUCCGCGAAGGUGGUAUAAAGUGUCAUUUUUUUCCUUAGGGUUAUUCUUUUAGGGGUUGGGGGGGUUUGUAUUUACUCGCUAGCUCUCCUCUCCCGCACCUGCUCUCGCAACCUUCCCUCCCCUCUUCCCUGUCCCCCCCCCCCCCCAUCCUGGGGGGCUAGGGUGGAUCCCGAACAAGAACCCUUCCGAGGGACUCCUCGGGCUACAGGUGCCGGGACGGCGGGACAAGCCACGUCCUUUCCCGCCCGGUCCUUGCCGGGCCCCCCGGGGGGGGGGGGGGUGCUCCUCGGUGGUCAGCGUGCUUAGCGUUCAAAGAAAGUUUCUCAACUGCUUGCCCACAGACUUGCCUUCAGCGCCAUGUAAGAAGUUUUUAAGUUAUAUUUAUUUUUUCUGGUUUUUUAAUUGCACAAAACACUAAGACUGGGAGGCUGGGGAUUCUGUGUGUCCUUAAAAGCUGUGCCUUCUUUCUGAAUUCCUUUUCCCACUUGGCGGAAAGAGCCUGGACACAGCCCUGCCCCCCUUCCCCGCCCCCCUGCCCCCCCCCCCCCCCCCCCACGGACUCUUGCCUCUGUGAGCUGUAUCUAGCUUUGAGUUUCUCCUGCAUCCCGUCCACCCCCGUGUGUAUACACCCAGGCCCCUGGCUCGGGAAGAGGCCCUCUGGCCGUUGCCUUUCCCUCCGGAGGACAGGACCCCCCCCCCCAGAGGGCUCCCCCUCUCUCUGCAACCCCUUUCGCCGCGACACCUUGGAGGAAACUGAACUGUUACAGACUCCCCCCCCCCCCCCCCGCCCCGCACAGUGCCUGUCGAACAGACUGCAAUGCUCUGUACCUUCCCGAAUAAAGGCCCUGGAGACCAC